GUGUGACACCAGUGGUUGGAGUCAACAGAUGGAGGGAGCAGAAGGAGAAGUCCUGGAACUGGGAAGGACUGGAGAGCACUGCAGCUGAAGGACACAAGAACAAACUGAAGACCAGGACAAGUCUGAGAAUGCUCCUCGACAUCAAGUGACAGCUGAAGAACAGGAUGAGUUUGGUGCACAGGCUGACUCAGCUGGUUGGAGUAUGGAGGUGGAAGAGGAGGGCCGGGCCGCCCCUGUGCACCGCCGCUGGCCUUCACUGGAGGACCUUCUGCUCCACCACCGCUCCAGACCCAGAUCCAGUAGAGACUCACAAGAGGAGGCUCAUCCAGUGGUUCAGCCACCUUCCCAACGAGGAGAAGCAGUUCGGCGGGUACUUCAGCCCCGACACCAUGCACGUGGACCCGCUGAUCCUGGAGAGGCGGCCUGAGGAGAGAGCCGGUCUGGUGAGCUCCCCCGUUCUGCCCCAGACCGGCAGCUCCUCUGUGACCGUGGAGCAGCUGUUCGAGGCCACGGACGUGCGGGACCAGGAGACGGGGGUCACCGUGCUGAUGUACGGAGCGGUGGGAACCGGAAAGAACACGGUGCUCCGAAAGCUGGUCCUGGACUGGUGCAGGGGGGCCGCGCUGACCCAGUUCAAGCUGCUGCUGCCCUUCUCCUGUGAGGAUCUCAGCCAUAUGACAAAGACAGUGUCUUUAAGGGACCUGGUGAGCAGGAAGUAUUUCCAUCUGAGAAAACACCCCCUGCUGAGCGGGGAGGGAAACCAGGCCAAGGACCUUCUCUUCCUGUUCCAUAAGAUGGAGAAGAUGAAGCUGGACUUCCGGAUCGGAUCCACAGAGCUGUGCAGUGACCCCAACGAGGCGCUGCCUGCAGGCGUAGUGGUGGUCAACCUGCUGAGGAAAUACAUGCUACCUGAGGCCAGUAUCUUGGUGUCCACCAGACUGUCUGCCCUGGACCGGAUCCCUCAGAAGUAUGUGAGCCGCUACGCGCAGAUCUGUGGUUUUAAUGACCCGGACCGCCAGCGGGCCUACUUCACCAGCCGCCUCCUGCAGCAGAGCGGGGAGGCUGCGCAAAAAAACGAGGCUCUCGUGGAGCUUCUUUACCUGAACCUCCAGAGGGAGAGCCAGCUGGCGGCCGCCUGCUUCCUCCCCUCCUACUGCUGGCUCACAUGCGCCACCUUACACUUCCUCCAUUUCACACAUACCAACACGCCCAUUCGCACCCUGACCGGUAUCUACACCAGCUUCCUCAGACUCAACUUCGGGGGUGAAGUUCUCAGCCCGGGCAGAGCCAUGUCCACGCAGGAGCACCAAAACUCUCUGAUGCUGCACGUAGUCCGCACAGUCGGUAAACUAGCCUUAGAUGGAGUGACGUACAAACGUACGUCAUUCACAGAAAAAGAGCUGGAGCAGUGGAUCGGAGGGAAGACCAAGACGGACGAGGAGCUACGGCAGCUGGCUGUGUUCAGAACCGACGUGCUGGACUUCUUCAUGGCUCCUUGUGUCGAGAGCUCCAAGCAUCUCCCGGAAGAUCUGAGUGAGGCUGACGAGAAGCGCUACGUGUUCGCUGUCCCGGCUAUGCAGGAGUACCUGGCUGCCCUUUAUGUCGUUCUCGGGGAGAAUAAAUCCGCUCUGGAAAAGCUGACCAAGCAGGUGUCUACAGCCAUCGGUCAGGCCGGGGACGACGUCAGCACCAUCAUCAACAUUUUCUCUAAGUUCAUCCCCCUGCGGAUCUUUGCCCUCUUCAACCUCCUCAAGUUUUUCCCGAAGCUCUUUGAGAAACUCAGCAGUCACAACAAAGGCAACAUCGCCAGAACCAUGGCGGCCGAGAUGUUUCGCACUGAGGACAGCUACAACGAGGAUGUCCUAGAUCAGGUGGAGCAGAACCUGCUGGGAGUUCACGGGCCGCAGCAGCAGCAGCACACAGAAGGGCAGCCCUUUGAGCUCUACCCCAUCUUCAUGGGAGGUCUGCUGAAUUAUGGGAACCGGGUCCAGCUGGAACAGCUGGGCUGCACCAUUCAGAGCUCCACCGUGGCCCAAAUCACAAAGGCACUGAGGAAGUACCUGGUCAGAGAGCUGAACAAACCGCAGCCCCCAGAGGAGGUGAUGGACCUGCUGGUGCUCCUCUAUGAGUUUCAGAACCCCAGGCUGAGCGCUGACGUUCUGUCCUCCAUCAGAUCCAUCCGCCUCGCCGACAUUCGGAUGACUUCACUCAAGUGCUUCGUCCUGGCCUCAGUGCUGUCCUGUACCCCCCCCAGUUACCACCUGGAGUCCCUGGACCUGUCCUCCUGUCUCCUGACCAGUGAAAUGCUGAAGACCCUCAUGCCUGCCUUCAGACACACACACAACCUCAAUCUGCAGUUUAACAGCCUGCAUCCGGACUCCUGCAGCCUCCUGAGAGAUCUGCUACUAGAUCCCAAGAGUUGCGUUAAAUCUCUACAACUGUGUGAUAAUCCUCUGCUGGACUCUGGAGCCCACACCCUGCUGGAGGCUCUGCCCCAGAACCAGUCCCUCAGACAUCUGUCCCUGAUGCACACCGCCCUCGGGGACCAGGGGGCCCUGGACCUGGCUGACAAGAUCCAGCAGCACAGCGGCCUGGAGGAGCUCAACGUGGCCUACAACAAUAUCGGAGACAACGCAGCUCUGACUCUGGUGGACGCCUGCAGAGAGCACCCCAGCAUCCACACUGUGCAUUUGUACCUGAACCCUCUCAGUGAUGUGGGGAAACAGUCUCUGUACGUCCGAGGAGUUCCCAAGAGCAAAGGCGGCAGCGGGCGGAGGGUCCGAGUCCUGGCCUCCGUCACCGAGGGCUCAGACCUCUCUGAAGACUGGCACCCCAUCCUCAGCGUGAUCCGAGAGAACGCUUCCUCCUGGGACCGAGAGAGAGUUAAACAGCAGCUGAGGGUGUUCCUCAGGGAUCUGGAGUGGGGUCGACAGCAGCAGCAGAGCAUCUGGAAGAGGCUUCACUUCAGGAAAGUAGAGAAGGGAGUCCGGCAGACGCUGAGGAUGCUGGACAAGAACACCCUGUCUACAUACAAGUAGAGCCCCUCCCCUCAGAAGGUCAAAGGGCACUCAGGGUCCUCAGCAGCAGCAGGGGUACAUUCUCCUCAGCUGAAAAGUUUCAAACAUCCAAUCUGUUUGUGUUCAUUUAAUGAGUCACAAAGUGAAGUGCAGUUAAACUGCUCUUUUCUGCUUCAGACAGUAUAAGGGGGGGAGGUUAUGGGCUGUCCUCCCUCUCCUCCCUCUCCUCCCUCUCCUCCCUCUCCUCAGUUGGACCCACUGUCGAUGUAAUCAGUUGCGAUCGUUAACCAAACAGAUUUGACCAUAGAAUACAAGCAGCGCCUGCACAUGUGUCAGUCCAUUUCUCAGACAUUAUUAUUUGAACUGUAGAAUCCACAGUAUUGUACUAUUUACCAUUCGUCUUCUACAGGACGUUAAAAAUGACGCUUGUUUCCUAUUGACAUCAUAUCCUGCUCUGGGUCUACCCAAUCAGCAUCAAGUAUUCAGCCUCGCUGCCAUAAAAUUAACCCAAACUUCUGUCUGCAUGUACAGAACUGCCCAGAGAAAGUGGAUUAAUAAUCAUAUAAUAUAAAAUGAAAUGAUUAAAGGAAUGCAGUUGUGACCUCUAAGUCAGUAUCUCCACUUGAACAGCCUGGUGUUAGCCAUCAGCUGUUAGUACCACUGUCGGUACAGAUAGUUUCAAAGCAGGGCCAGUUCUAGGAUGUGUCUGCAGUGGACACGGGUCACUGCUGUGCCUUUGUUCAGGCUCCACACGGCUGUGCUCCUUCUGUUUGAAGGUACGUGUCAGCUGUUUGUAGAUGCACUGCUAACAGCCAGAUGACUGAUGUCGUGACCUCAGUCCAAAUGCUUUCUGCUGUAAAGGCUGAUGGGAGCAGAACCUCUACAGGCCUUCAGAACAGCAGAUGGUCCUGGACACUUCAGAUGUUUACAAGUGGGCUUCUAGGGGCUCCUGGGCCUUGGUCAGUGGGUUUAAUCCAGUAGAUGGAGGCUGGAGAAGCAGGAUAGAAGAUGUCCUAGUGUAGACGGUGGAAGCCAAACGGACACAGACAGACAGCCUCUGGAUUCUCACCACAGAUGGACACAACAGUAAGGGUGGUCACCUGCCCAGGACACCAACAGAUCCAGGUGGACCACUGGAGGUCUAGUUGACUGACAUGGACCGCCUCAUCCAGGUCAUCCAGGUCCUUACAUCUGGAUGCAGCACUGGCAGGUCUUUUAUCUUCUACCUUUUUUCCAUCAUGUUCCAGUUUCCGUGUCAUGUCCAACUCCCCACCCGCUGCCGUCAGCUGUGGCUGAAACCGUGACUGUGGAUGAAAACCUCAUAUGACCAACACUAGAAAAUAUGAACUAGUCUUUAAAGAGGAACUAUGUAAGAUUUUACCAGUUUUGCUCUUCUUCACUGUUUUUGUAUCAUUUUUUAAUGGAGCUCCCCCUACAGUUUAGACGUACAUAUUCACUGUGGUAAAACCCACCCCUAACCCCGCCCCCUCUAAUCAUGUGUAUUUAUUUUCAAUGAAGCAGGUGACGAGAAGGUAAUCCUCGGAGCAAUGUCUUUGUGACUUUGAGUUACAAGAAAGUUACUAAUGUUACAAGAGUCACUCAAACUUCAAGGCCAGUCGUUAUGCCAGUCACUAUUCAGACGAAACAAAUUAGACACAUAAGGAACGACAAACAUCCGACUGAAACUAGAUUCAACUGAUUCAAUUCUGUGUCUCGUAGUAAAAAUACACUCCUGAGGCAGACAAAGGGUAAACUAGUAAAUGAAACAAACAUACACCUACGUGACACAAGUAUGCUAACAUCUCCGCUAGCUAGCAAGUGUCCAGGCAUCGUUCAUAGAAUGAGUUGAUAAACGAGUAAACACUGUUACAGCCAACAGCAGCAUGAAGAGCACAAACCCACUGAAGUACAUACAGUCUAGUGAAUUUAUCUGAGCCGUUCUUACAAGUCCAACAGCUACAACGCCAAGUCUGCAUCUGUUUUAGGGAUGCAAAUUAUACAUUAAUUCAUUAGUCAUUAGUUGGUCAGUCUUAUCGAUCAAUUAACAAUUAAUUGAUAAGCAGCGAUUUUCCUAAGAACCUGAAUUUCUCUUUCAAAAGAGACUAUAAGAAUAAAAGCUAAAUAUUGUUUAUGUACUUCAUUAAAAAAGCAUGUCAUGUUCCUUAAUGACUGAUUUCUGUUCCAUUGGAUACAGAACAGACAAUGACAGGAAUGGAGUCGAACUAAAGAAGUUGUGCAGAAAAAUUCAUGGAUCUGAAGGGGGACAGUUUAGAAGAAAUGGGCAUUUCUGACAUUGCAUCACUACCUGACAUGAUAGGGUGAGGUUUGACACCCCCCCCCCCCGCUGCUAUUUUCCCUUGUCCAGCGGGGUGACUGACAUGCCUUAAAUGCUGUGUCCUGGAUCAGGAGGACGUUUUAACUUCUGUCUCACUGACCAGAUAGUCCAGAUGACCGUGGACUAGACCAGCCUCCAAAGGAAACGCUCCGUCCAGGAUCGGACCGAUAUGACCCCCCGUAUUUGUGUGGGGGUGCUUAUCGACAAUUAAUUGAUAGUCGAUUAAUUGUUUACAUCCCUAAUCCGUUUAGAUCAGGGGUGUCAAACAUGCGUCCCGGGGCCAAAGGUUCCAGUCCGACCCCUGGGAUGAAUUUCCAAAGUGCAGAAGUUCCACAGUCCAGACAGUGGAACUCAUUUUAGUUCAGGUUCCACAAACAGACCAAUCUGAUCUGCAGUCAAAUAACAGCAGAAGAACCACUAACAAAGAAUGACUGCAGAUUUUCUUCUGUUUGAUGUGAAAA